UCUCUCUAGGAUUUACGAUCUCACUUUCUUUUUCAUAUCCCUAUUAGACGUGGUCUCUGGAGAUCAAAUAGGGAAUCACCUGCAACAGAUCGGCAUUUUGUAGACAUUCGACUGGUUGGAACGAUUGGGUACGAAGCAAAAUAAAAACGCCAAUGGCCGCCACAAUUCUCAUUACAGGGACCACGGGCCUGAUUGGUUUCCGCAUUCUUCUCGCCGCUCUUGCUGCUGGCCACAGGGUACGAUAUACAGUGCGGUCGGAAGAGAAGGCCCAAAAGGUUUCUUCGAACCCAGCAGUCCAAAAGCUCGCACCCGGCGAUCGUCUCUCCCCUGUCAUCAUUCCGGACUUCACUGCCGAUGGCGCCUUUGACUCUGCCUUGCAAGGCGUCACGCAUGUCAUUCAUGCUGGCUCGCCGGUGCCUGUCCCAACUUACGAUCCCGUGACGGAAGUUUUCGAGCCUACGGUGAAGAUUUCGUCGGGCCUACUCGCCUCCGCGCUCAAAGCACCGAGCUUGCAGCGCGUUAUCAUCACCUCGUCCAUUGUGGCCAACCUCGGUCUCAUCCCACCCCCAACCACCGUCUCCGCCUCCACACGAGUCCCGCUGCCGAGCCCCAUCCCCACCGCCUUUAGCAGCGUGUUUGAGGCGUAUGUGCAAAGCAAGAUAGUCGAGAUGCACAACUCGGACGAGUUUGUGAAGACGCAAAACCCCCACUUCACCGUCUCCCAUGUAGUGCCGGGAUACACUUUCGGUUGGAACGAGCUCAUGCUGGAUCCGGUCAUGAUGCAGACGCAGAACAGCUCUAACAAUUUCUUGAUGAUGGGGAUAACGGGCGGUCAGCUUCCGAUGCCUAUCCACGGCGGCUACGGACAUAUUGAUGACGUGGCGGACCUUCAUCUGCGUGUGGCGUUCCUCGAUCCCAGCGCUGGGGGACCCCGGGAUUUCGGGCUUGCGACUAAACUAGAUUACACAACAUUGUUCGACUAUGUCGAAAAGGCAUUUCCUAAGGCCGUCGCAGAGGGAAUAUUUAAGAGGGGUGUAAUACCUACAUUGCCCGUCGAAUAUGACUCGAGCGAUGCCGUAAAAUUGCUAGGAAGACCGAUCAAGAGCUUCGAGAAUGCGGUUGUCGAUGUUGCAAGCCAAUAUCUCGAGUUGCUAGGAAAGGAAAAGGCAUGAUCUAAAAGCUGUAGAGUGCAGGACUACAAAAUGCUCAACUGAGAGCAAUUAUACCAUAUGAUAGCUUGGCUUGAAUGCCAAUUAUUUCUCUACAAAUCAUAGAGUUGCUCGAGAUAAAUCUCGUAGCCUGUAAAUGUCCGCCUAUGUAAUCUAUAUGAGAUCACCUCUAAUAUCUGGAGCUCCCCUAGAUCAUUCAUUCUCUGGAAGUAUCGCCCUAAAUCGGCAGGCCAAUCGAGCAUAGACAAGAUGCCCUGGAUGCCUUGGAUGUAGUAUGUCCUACCGAAUUCCAAUGCCGAUUUCUUGGUGAUUAGGUAACAGAGUCAGUGGUUCCGUGCCAUGUAAGUCAACGGCCAGUAACCAAAAUUAGAUAAUCCGCGGCGUUAUGGAUGGACGACUAACCUGGUUGGCCGAUGUUUCGAGUAAAUUCUAGUCUUACGUUCUCUCGACAAGAUGGUAAUAUGACCCUGUCGCAUAUCAAUCGG